CCUGAUCAAUGGCGUCCACCACCAAAUCAGGUGCAAAAAGUGUUAACAUGAAAAAAGUGUGGUUCUACUCUUUACUGCUCACAAUUCAAUACGGUGCUCAACCUCUCAUCUCCAAACGCUGCAUCGGUCAAACAUGUUUUGGGAGACCGGCUUGAUAAAGUGAAUCCAAGGUGAGCGCCUUUGUCGAGGCGCAAAGCAAAGCCAUUAUGUGGUUUUAUCCAUCCUCCAAAACCGGACCGAAGAAGAUCCAAAGCUGAAACAAAAAUUCAAAAGCUGGAAACAAAGCGAGACGUGAUUGUUACUUCAUCUGUUUUGGCAUGCGAGAUAGUAAAGGUUAUUUGUGCACUGUUUCUCAUGGCGAAAGAUGGUAGUCUAAAUAAAGUAUUCAAGGAAUGGACUUUGAUUGGUUCGUUAAGCGCGUCAGGAUUACCCGCAGCUAUCUAUGCACUACAAAAUAGUUUGUUGCAGAUUUCAUACAAGAGCCUUGAUUCCCUCACGUUUUCAAUGUUGAAUCAAACAAAGUUAAUUUUCACAGCAUUGUUUACAUAUUUUAUUUUAAGGCAGAAACAAUCAUUUCAACAAAUUGGUGCCCUAUUCAUUCUUAUAUUAGCAGCGGUGCUUUUAAGUAUUGGCGAAGGCUCGAGAAAAGAUUACGGAAGUGAUAAUCCCGAUGAAAUUGUUUUUUAUGGAAUUAUUCCGGUCUUGAUAGCUUCUGUACUUUCGGGUCUUGCUUCUGCUUUAUGCCAAUGGGCGUCUCAGGUUAAGAAACACUCAUCAUACUUGAUGACGGUAGAAAUGUCAUUGGUCGGGAGCCUUUGCUUACUAGCAAGUACGUACAAAUCUCCAGAUGGUGAAGCAAUCAGACAACAUGGAUUCUUCUAUGGGUGGACCCCGCUUAUGAUGAUCCCGGUUUUUAUUAAUGCUGUUGGUGGGAUUCUUGUGGGCCUCGUCACUUCAUAUGCUGGUGGUAUACGCAAGGGGUUUGUCAUGGUCUCCGCACUUCUUGUUACUGCCUUGUUGCAGUUUGUAUUUGAUGGGAAACCGCCUUCAUUGUUCUGCCUUUUGGCUCUUCCGCUUGUAAUGACUAGCAUUUCGAUAUACCAGAAGUACCCAUAUCGUGUCAAAAAGAAGGAGGAGUAGACUAAAGUAGUCUCAUUACCCGUAUUUCCAUCAACCGCGGGUUAUUUUUAUAGGAACCGACGUAUACACUUUCUGAUUUACAGUUCGAGCACUUUCUGCUGUUCAUAUUCUUUUAGUGUCGAGACGUGCAAUUCAUAACAUGUCUUGACAUGUACAAAAUGUUUUCUAACCUAAUGUUUUCUAACACUUGGGGUUUCUUGAGGAAAAUUAAUAGUUGGGUGUUGUGUAUGUGACAUAUGUUUUACAAUAUUAACCGCUUUCUUUA